CUCAGAACGCUAACAACUGCAAACGUUUCUUGCUUUGCUUGCUUGUCUUGCUUGCCUAGAAGCCAAAGCAAGCCAAAGCAGCCCUUGUUUGAGUUACAAAGGGGCGAAACCUUAAACUACACUUGAUUUUAGCUGAAUUUUAUUUACCCUGCCACGUGGGAAGUUUAGGGACUUGUUGCUUUGCUGGCUCUUGGAGAAGGGAAAAAUGUAUCUAUAUGAAAAUGGAUUUCGAUUAGUAUAGGUCUGGAAUGCGGUGAAUGUCGAAGUGGACGGAGUACUGCAGCAGGGCCAUGUCAUUGACCUGGAAAACGUCCAAGAUGACUCACCGCGUCUUAUCGUCGACUUCGGAUGUCCAUCGCAGCGGUCCGUAUUGGUUGAUUUCGAUAAGGCUUUCGACUGCUCACAGAGAUGGGGAGACAGACGUAAUGAGAAGCGUCAGGUGACCGUAGAGGCACUGCUACGAACCCGCCCCGAUCAACCAUGGAAAUGGUACCCCGCCACUGCCUUAAAGCAUCAGAUUGCGGAGGGGGCGAACAUCUUCGUGGAUGCAUUGCUGGAAGGGAAUCGCGUCCGCGUGGUGCUGCCCUCCAUUCAAGUUCGACAGCUAUCGUCGCCCGAGGCUCUUGCGUGCAGAAUUCUGCGGCCGGACCAUUUCCAGCCCGGAAGUGGUAGCGCCCGGCAUCCAGUGGACUCCAUACUGUCUGCCAUGUCCCGUAGGGAGCUUCAGUGGACACCCAACUCCGAUGCAAAGACGUUUUACUUCCAACGGACCACUGAUCGCUUUGCGAGGUUACGGAGCAGCCUCAAGCUCGACAAUGACAGUAGAAUGGGUUCACUGAGAGUCGAAGCCUCGGAAGCUGUUACAAGCGAAACCGAAUACCACAUGAUCGACCAGUGCGCUUUUCUAGAGCUGCCGGAAUUGCUGACCGAAAUUUUUCAAUCGCUGGAAACCGUUGACCGGCAACGCUGCCGACGUACCUGUCAUCUCUGGGAGGAGAUUCUCACGUCCGCCGUACUAUCCCAAGAUCUGCGCAUAUCACUCCAGCUGCCCAGUUUUUUCGCCCACGUGCCGAACGACUGGAGCGCGGAAUACGUUGUGUACACUUGCAUCUUCAAGCACAUAACGGCCGCCACGCGGACUAUCUGUCUGCGUGACCGGCAAACUAUUUAUCAUGCCGCGAAUUCGCAUGUGAUGCAGCGUUGGAGGAACUUUCCUGGCUUUAAGAAUACCAUGGAGCUGGAGCGCUGUAUGCCCGCCGGAAAAAUUAUGCUCGGCAUCCAGGAAGCGCUGGAAGAUGCCGGUGCCCGUCUGGAACGGUUAAUCGUCUACCAGCAGUCGAUAUCCGUCAUACCCUUCGAUAAAGCCUCGCUAGCGUAUUUCGACAGUAUCGCGGAGCUGUACUCCAGCUUGAAGACCUGUUGUAACCGUGUGAUUUGGAAGGAUUAUUCGUUACGUUUCAAUUCGCCUCCGAUGGAGUUCCGCAUUCCCUACGCUCGCUUCGGACUAAGCAAUGUGGAUGCGGCGCAAAUUUGGGACCUGUUUGAAGAACGGCUGGUCAGCAGCGAAUCAUUGGACAUGGAAAUCCUGGAGCAUUGGACCGGUGAACUAAUUGCCAGGAACGUCAAGGAUCUUGAAAAGUCCCUCGUCGGGGCAAUUUUUGUCUUGGACACGUACCAAAGCCCGGAUCCGCGGGCGAGCAGGCACCACUUCCGUCAGUACUGGUCGUUGUCCGACCUGGACAGUUUGGACGUGAGAAAACUGAAUAAGUUCUGUCUAUACGCGUGGGCAGCCUUCAUUGGGAAAUUGCACUUUGUGUCGUAGUGAGGCCAGAAAUUACGGUGCGCAGUAAAAAUCUGAAAUCUACUGUAUACUGCGCAUUCUUUUAGUCGUUUGCCCCACGAAGCGCUGUAAUAGCAUCGUUCUACGAGUACACUGCUAUGCGUUACACCACGUUAUCGAACGACACCUUAUGAAAUACUGUAAUCAUUAAUUUUUUUGCUCAUUAGAUGCGCAGCAUUAAAUGUAAGUACUCGUAUCUUGCGCAAUGCGGGUGGUUACAGUCACCAUUCUCAGAAUUAUGUGCAGUGAGUCGGCAGUG